UGUUAAUCUGUAGCAGUGUACAAAUAUGGAUGUCAACAAUGAUCAAUCUAAAUGGAAAAGAACUUGUUCGAAAUUUUUUAUAUUUCCACAGAGAUAUGUAUUUGGUCUUAUGGGCUUUUUUGCGAUAUUCAAUGCUUACACAAUGCGUACUUGUCUUUCCGUCGUUAUAACUCAGUUGGUCGUGCCUCGUAAUUACAGUAAAGAAACUUUGGAAAGACAAUUUGUGUGUCCAAUUUUGGAAAUGCGAAAUCGGCAGUUUCUUCCCGGCGGCGAGUUUGAAUGGUCACAAGAGUUACAAGGGUAUAUACUUUCAUCUUUUUAUGUAGGUUAUCUUCUAACUCAUAUACCUGGUGGAAUAUUAGCUCAACAAUUUGGUGGGAAGUGGAUUUUAAUAUUUGGCAUAUUGAGCACAGCCUGUUUUACCUUGGCCACACCAUGGUGUACAGUAAAUUUUGAAGCAUAUGGAUUAAUCUGUUUACGUAUUUUAAUGGGCUUAGGUGAAGGUACAACAUUUCCAGCAUUAAGUUGCUUAAUCGCCCAAUGGGUGCCGAUGACUGAACGAAGUUUAAUUGGAGCACUUGUUCUUGGUGGGGGACAAGUUGGUGCAAUUGUUGGAAAUACAAUAAGUGGAUUUGUAUUGAAACAUUUUAGAUGGGAACUUGUGUUUUAUAUAUUUGGGUCAGUGGCGUUACUCUGGUGCAUAUUAUUUGCUCUACUUUGCUAUAGUGAUCCUGCAUCCCAUCCAUUUAUAAAGAAGGAGGAAAAAGAUUAUCUUCUUGCUGAAAUGGGAUCAAUUGCUCGUAGACAUGAUCUUCCCCCAACGCCAUGGGGUUCUAUAUUCUCAACCUGUUCAAUUUAUGCAUUAAUUUGUUCUCAAAUAGGGCAUGAUUGGGGUUUUUACAUAAUUGCAACCGAUUUACCGAAAUAUCUAAAUGAUGUGAUUCAGAUGCCCAUUGAAAAAAAUGGAUUCUAUUCGUCUUUACCAUUUGGUGUUAUGUGGAUUUGUUCAGUUUUUUCCGGAUUUUUAAGUGACGUUAUAAUUAAAAACGGCGCUGUUAAUAUAACAACCAUUCGUAAAUUUAAUACCUUACUAUCUGGACUUGGAUCCUCAGUGUUUGUGAUCUUGGCAUCUUAUGCAGGCUGUCAUCGUUUUUUGGUCUUAACGUCUUUUACGAUUGGGAUGGGUUUGAUGGGUCCCUAUUUCGCUGGUAUGAAGCUGACUCCAAUCGAUAUGAGUCGGAAUUAUUGUGGGAUAAUAAUGGCUAUAUCAAAUGGUUUUGGCUGUUUUACGGGAAUUAUAGCUCCAUCAACUGUAGGUUUGAUGACACCUAACACAACAAUGCGGGAGUGGCGUUUAGUGUUUUGGAUUGCAUUUUUUAUUCUUGUAGCAUCUGGCAUUAUCUUUGCUAUUUGGGCCACAGGCGAGCGCCAAGAAUGGGACGAACCCGAUAAAGUACAAAAAUAG